CAGGGGCGGACUGACCAUUUGGAAACUCGGACACUGCCCGAGGGCCGGGGUCAGUAGGGGUCCCCAUGAGAUGCCCCUGGUACCUUUUUCAUAGGCUUUUUUGAGUUUGGGGCAAGGACACAGGGGCCCCAUGAUCCCCUAUUGCCCGGGGGACCCAUGAGUUGUCAGUCCGCCCCUGUGUCAGCUCCAUCUAAUUGCUGCCAAUCAGUGGCCAUCAGUGCCGCCUAUCAGUGCCCAUCAGUGCCGCCUCAUCAACGCAAA